UAUGAAUAAUUCCUCCAUAUUUUAUGCAUUAAACAAGUUGAAGAAACUUCUCGCAAGCUGAUGUCAAACGAUACCAAUUUGUCCUUUCGACAAUAUUAAAAACACCAUUUGUCUCUGCAAGACUACUUCCUUCCUUCCUUCUCAUCAGCUUCCAAGAUUCCAUUUCUUCCCUCUCGGUUCGGUCUCUGCUUUCCCAGUUCGAUUUCAUCAAGGUUUGUUUGACUUCGUCUUCAUCGGAAUCGUAACCAUGGGACAAGAAACAAGAAGACUUGCAGAUGAGUAUGAGAUAUCAGAGAUUUUAGGCAGAGGAGGAUUCUCUGUGGUCAGAAAAGGCAUCAGCAGAAAGUCAAGCAGCAGCAGUGACAAAACCGAUGUGGCAAUCAAAACACUCAAAAGGCCGUUUGCACCCUCGAACCCUCCUCCUCUGCCUCCCCACGCCCGGAGGAACGACCAGAAUAGCUUUGCUGCUGCCGCUUUCCAAACCCGGAAGCAGGUGUCCAUAUCGAAUGUGCUGCUCACAAAUGAAAUCCUGGUGAUGAGGAAGAUAGUUGAAAAUGUGUCACCGCACCCGAAUGUGAUUGACCUCUAUGAUGUGUACGAGGAUGAGAACGGGGUUCACCUUGUGCUGGAGCUAUGUUCUGGAGGGGAACUGUUUGAUAGGAUUGUGAAGCAAGAAAGGUAUUCCGAGGCUGGAGCUGCAGCUGUGGUGAGGCAGAUUGCAAAAGGCUUGGCAGCUCUUCACCGCUCGAAUAUUGUUCACCGGGACUUGAAGCCGGAAAACUGCCUCUUCUUGGACAAAACCGUUGAUUCUCCGUUGAAGAUUAUGGAUUUUGGGCUGAGUUCUGUGGAGGAGUUCACUGACCCUGUUGUGGGACUGUUUGGUUCCAUAGAUUAUGUGUCACCAGAGGCUCUUUCUCAGGGUCAAGUAACUUCCAAGAGCGAUAUGUGGGCUCUUGGUGUAAUCUUAUAUAUCCUUCUCUCCGGGCACCCACCUUUUAUUGCUCAGUCGAAUCGGCAAAAGCAACAGAUGAUUAUGGCUGGAGAAUUCAGUUUCUAUGAGAAAACCUGGAAGGGGAUUUCUUUGUCAGCAAAGCAAUUGAUUUCGGACCUCCUCAAAGUCGACCCUGACAAGAGACCUAGUGCUCAAGAGCUUCUGGACCAUCCAUGGGUUGUCGGUCUUUCAGCCAGAGAGGAUCAAAUGGAUGCUGAGAUUGUAUCGCGACUGCAGAGUUUUAAUGCUCGGCGCAAACUGCGUGCUGCAGCAAUAGCAAGCGUGUGGACAAGCUCGAUUUUCUUAAGGACAAAGAAGCUAAAAUCGUUACUAGGAUCCUAUGACCUUAAACCCGACGAAAUCAAGAAUCUGAGUUCACAUUUUAAGAAAAUAUGUGUAAAAGGUGACAAUGCUACUCUGUCUGAAUUCGAGGAGGUUCUGAAAGCAAUGAACAUGUCGUCUCUAAUCCCUCUAGCACCCCGAAUCUUUGACCUAUUUGACAACAAUCGUGAUGGCACCAUUGACAUGCGAGAGAUACUGUGUGGGUUCUCUAAUCUCAAGAACUCACAAGGAGACGAUGCUCUCCGCCUAUGCUUCCAGAUGUAUGAUACGGAUCGGUCUGGAUGCAUCAGCAAAGAAGAGGUAGCAUCUAUGCUCAGGGCUUUACCAGAUGACUGCCUUCCAGCUGAUAUCACCGAACCUGGAAAACUAGAUGAAAUAUUUGAUCGGAUGGAUGCAAACAGUGAUGGAAAAGUUACCUUUGAUGAGUUCAAAGCUGCCAUGCAGAGAGAUAGCUCUCUCCAAGAUGUAGUCCUCUCCCAUCUUCGACCAAUAUAAUUUUCCCACUAUCCACAUUUUUCGCCGUCAACUUUUUCAGUGAACUGUGGAAGUUAAUUUCUUUCUGUAUUUGGAAGACCAGUGACCAGAAUGCUGAAACUAAACUGUAUGUCAACUUCUGCCAUGCAAAGUAGGAACGCCUUGCUGCUUUAACUUACAGUGCAAGGAAAAUAGAAAAUCCAAGGUAGUCUACUUAGCCUGGCUAAACUGAGGAAAAUUUCAGUAGCAGCAAUGACGAAAGCCGCUCCAAGUUCAUUUUAUCGUUUACGUUCUACAAGCCAUAGAAGAUAUGCUGUUUAGGGCUGAGUUUUUGUUUAGCUUUAAGGUGUUUUAUGUUAUCAAGGCAUGUAUCAGAGUUAAGUGAAACUUACAUUAUCCGACUUGAAAGAACAAA